UGUCCCGAAAUUCACCCCCAGUGGAACUUCAGCCUCUGCUCCUCCUCUUCUUGGAACUGCCUUUUGUUUGUCUGGCAGCCUUGGUUCUAUGGGGGUGUGUGAUGAUAAUAAUACGCGGGCUUAUAUAACCCUCUUCAUCUUGCAAGCACUUCGCAGACAGUCCCUAAUGAAUCUGCGGGCCGCCGAAAGGCCGGGCGGCUGUAGCGGCGGCGAGCGAACCCCCAGCCCGCGCGCCGAGGCCAAAGGGGAGGGCGGUGCGGGUCAGAGGCCAGGCCUCCCUGGCUCCCCGCGCCUCGGAGGUCAGGGCAGAUAAGGAACAAUGCCUCUCGGCCUGGGGAGGAGGAAGGAAGUCCCGUUGCCACCUUAUCUCUGCUCCUCUGCCUGCUCCCAGUUCCCAGAGCUUGUUCUCUAGAGAAGAUUUGGAAGGCGGCUUUUGUGCUGACGGCCACCCACCACCGUCUGAAGAAGGCGAUUUUGGCAGAUGACAUGCGGGUUCUCCAAGACAGAGUAAUUGCAGAACAUCUUCAAAGGACCCCAUCUGCAGAUGUUCUGAAUACCUCUGAGUACAGAAAUUGAUUAUUCAACCAGGAUACCUAAUUCAAGACCUGCAGAACCCAGGAGGCUGAGACAUUCUGUCGGUUUUGCAACAUUGGACCAAACACAAUGCAGUUUUCUUGCUGUGCGCUGGUUUUGGCUGCCCUGGGCAUGGAGCUGCUGGGGAGCCUCUGUUCGACUGUCAGAUCCCAGAGGUUCAGAGGACGGAUACAGCAGGAGCGAAAAAACAUCCGACCCAACAUUAUUCUCGUGCUCACCGAUGAUCAAGAUGUGGAGCUGGGGUCCCUGCAAGUCAUGAACAAAACAAGAAAGAUUAUGGAGCACGGGGGGGCCACCUUCACCAACGCUUUCGUGACCACCCCCAUGUGCUGCCCCUCCCGGUCCUCCAUGCUCACCGGGAAGUAUGUGCACAACCACAAUGUCUACACCAACAAUGAGAACUGCUCCUCACCUUCAUGGCAGGCGACGCACGAACCUCGGACUUUUGCUGUGUAUCUUAACAACACUGGCUACAGAACAGCCUUUUUUGGAAAAUACCUCAAUGAAUAUAAUGGCAGCUACAUCCCUCCUGGGUGGCGAGAAUGGCUUGGAUUAAUCAAGAAUUCUCGUUUCUAUAAUUACACUGUUUGUCGCAAUGGCAUCAAAGAAAAGCAUGGAUUUGAUUAUGCAAAGGACUACUUCACAGACUUAAUCACUAACGAGAGCAUUAAUUACUUCAAAAUGUCUAAGAGAAUGUAUCCCCAUAGGCCCAUUAUGAUGGUGAUCAGCCAUGCUGCGCCCCAUGGCCCCGAGGACUCGGCCCCACAGUUUUCAAAACUGUACCCCAAUGCUUCCCAACACAUAACCCCCAGUUAUAACUAUGCACCAAAUAUGGACAAGCACUGGAUUAUGCAGUACACGGGACCCAUGCUGCCCAUCCACAUGGAAUUUACAAACGUUCUCCAUCGCAAAAGGCUUCAGACUUUGAUGUCAGUGGACGAUUCUGUGGAAAGGCUGUAUAAUAUGCUCGUGGAGACAGGGGAGCUGGAGAACACUUACAUCAUUUACACCGCAGACCACGGUUACCAUAUUGGGCAGUUUGGACUGGUCAAGGGGAAAUCCAUGCCAUAUGACUUUGAUAUCCGUGUACCUUUCUUUAUUCGCGGUCCAAGUGUAGAACCAGGAUCAGUAGUCCCACAGAUCGUUCUCAACAUCGACCUGGCCCCGACCAUCCUGGACAUCGCUGGGCUCGACACGCCUCCCGAUGUGGACGGCAAGUCCGUGCUCAAGCUUCUGGACCUGGAAAAGCCAGGUAACAGGUUUCGAACAAACAAGAAAGCCAGAAUUUGGCGUGAUACAUUCCUCGUGGAAAGAGGGAAGUUUUUACGUAAGAAAGAAGAAUCCAGCAAGAAUAUCCAACAGUCAAAUCAUUUGCCCAAAUACGAGCGAGUCAAAGAAUUGUGCCAGCAGGCCAGGUACCAGACAGCCUGUGAACAGCCUGGGCAGAAGUGGCAGUGCAUUGAGGACACAUCUGGCAAGCUUCGAAUUCACAAGUGUAAAGGAUCCGGUGACCUGCUCACGGUCCGGCAGAGCACACGCAACCUCUACUCUCGCGGCUUCCCCGACAAGGACAAAGAAUGCAGUUGCGGAGAGCCGGGGUACCGCGCAGGCAGAAGCCAGAGGAAGAGUCAAAGGCAGUUCCUGAGAAACCAGGGGACCCCGAGGUACAAGCCCAGAUUUGUCCAUACCCGGCAAACACGUUCCUUGUCAGUCGAAUUUGAAGGCGAAAUCUAUGACAUAAACCUGGAAGAAGAGGAAUUGCAAGUGUUGCGACCGAGAAAUAUUGCCAAGCGCCAUGAUGAAGGCCACAGGGGGCCCCGAGGUCCCCAGGCUGCCGGCAACGGGGACGCGAUGCUGGCAGACAGAGACAAUGCCCUGGGCCUGCCCACCACCGUCCGAGUGACUCACAAGUGCUUUAUUCUUCCGAAUGAUACAAUCCACUGUGAGAGAGAACUGUAUCAAUCGGCCAGAGCCUGGAAGGACCACAAAGCAUACAUUGAUAAAGAGAUUGAAGCCUUGCAAGACAAAAUUAAGAAUUUAAGAGAAGUGAGAGGACACCUAAAAAGGAGAAAGCCGGAGGAGUGUGCCUGUAGUAAACAGAGCUAUUAUAAUAAAGAGAAAGGUGCAAAAAAGCAAGAGAAGGUGAAGAGCCACCUCCACCCAUUCAAGGAAACUGUUCAAGAAGUAGACAGCAAGCUGCAGCUCUUCAAGGAGAACCGUCGGAGGAGGAAGGAGAGGAAGGAGAAGAAACGCCAGAGGAAGGGCGAGGAAUGCAGCCUCCCGGGCCUCACCUGCUUCACCCACGACAACAACCACUGGCAGACGGCCCCGUUCUGGAACCUGGGUUCUUUCUGUGCCUGCACAAGUUCUAACAACAACACCUACUGGUGUUUGCGGACAGUCAACGAGACGCAUAAUUUUCUCUUCUGUGAGUUUGCCACUGGCUUUCUGGAGUAUUUUGAUAUGAAUACGGAUCCUUAUCAGCUCACAAACACAGUGCACACGGUGGAACGGGGCAUUUUGAAUCAGCUGCACGUGCAACUCAUGGAGCUCAGGAGCUGUCAAGGGUACAAGCAGUGCAACCCAAGACCGAAGGGCCUGGAAGUUGGAAAUAAAGACAGAGGAAGCUAUGACCUACACAGCACACGUAGGACAGAGCAGAAGAACCCGCUCUUAAGCUGGUCUCCCCCGGGAUAUGGGCUGACGAGAGGACAGUUAUGGGAUGGAUGGGAAGGUUAAUCGGCCCAGCCCCGCUGCAGGUGUCAACUGGCAAGGUCUGGAGGAUUUAUACAGUGUGAACGAAAGUGUCUAUGAGUACAGACGGAACUAUAGGCUUAGUCUGGUUGACUGGACUCAUUACUUGAAGGAUGUAGAUAGAGUAUUUGCACUGCUGAACAGCCACGGUGAGCAAAAGAAAACAAGUAAGACGACAACCGCUCAAAGUGACGGGUUCCUGGCUGGAUCCGCCGAGCUCUCUGUGCCCGUAGAGAUGGCCUCCGCUGAGGCAGAGGAAGACCCGAGUCCUAUGGUUGGGGAAGCGCCUCAUUUGACCUUGCCAGCUGACCUUCGAACCCUGCCUUUGAACCAACCCACCUUCAGUCCAGAGACGAAACUUGAAUGGAAUAACGACCUUCCAGAAGCGAGUCGUUUGAAUUCUGAACACUGGAGAAAUCAUGAAA